AUGACCAAUUUUUCGCUUUUUUUUCAACGAUAUAUUUUUACAAAGGUUCGAUUGCUACAACUGGCUAACCAAGUACAGCAGCUUCAAACCACGGCCACACCAUCACCAUCACCACCACCACCACCACCUCCAGCUCAGCCUCAACCUCGGCCUCAAGCUCAGCAGCAACCAUUACCAAUCAAUAUUGUCAUACAGUCUCCAGCUCAAAAUCAGCAGCAGCAGCAGCAGCCAGGGAAUGUUGGCGCACCAUCUCAAAAUCAACCUCAGCAAUUCAGCCAACCAUUAAACGCUGUUGCAUCCACACCAGUUGGUCAAGUUCAACAGCCACCGAGUCUUUUCUCACCCUCUGUAGUUCAAGCUCAGCAACCACAAAAUUUGGCGAAUUUUUUCCCAACUCCAUCAAUUCCACCACAGCAGCAACCAAUUCAGAAUACUUUUUCACCAUCACAGAUGCUUCAAGCUCUGCAACAGCGAAUUCCAAUGAACUUCUUCCCAUCUCCUACAGUACAAGCUCAGCAACCGUCAACUUUGAUGAACUUCUUUCCAUCUCCAUCAAUCCAACCUCAGCAACAACCAAUUUCAAAUAAUGUCGCAACAUCGCCCAUGAUUCAAGCCCAGCAAUCUCCAAUUCCGGUGAAUUUCUUCCCAUCGCCUUCAACUCAAGUCCAACAGCAACCGAUUCAAGGUCAACAGUCGCCAACUUUGAUGAACUUUUUUCCAUCUCCGUCAAUUCAACCUCAGCCGCAAUCGAUUUCGAAUGUUAUCGCAUCAAUGCCAAUGGUUCAAGCUCCACAGCAACCAAUUCAGAAUACUGUCACACCAUCGCUAACUCAAAUGCAGCAAUUGGCCAUCCCAACGAGUGCCUUUACGCCUCCUUUGGUUCAACCACAGCCAACUCAAAAUACUGUCGCACCAACUCAACCACAGAACACGUUGAGUACACGGUUGCCAAAUAGUGCACUUUCAAAUGCAAACACUGACAACGGGGCGCUUCAGAAUGGAGUAACAAGCGGAUCGGCAAGCGGUGUUAAUGUUAGUGGAUUGGAUAUGCAAGCUAUGCAAACAAUGCUUACUAAUCCGUCAAUAAACCAAGUAAUUUUACCAGCAAACAAUUCAAUUCAAAUACCAGUUGAUACACCUGCAGUUCAACCUAAAUCAAAUAUUUCAAUUGAAGAUGCAGCUAAUGGGACUUCGGCCUUGGUGAUGCCAAAUAUUUCAUUUGCCAACCAAAUGAACCUAACACCAAUGGAUAUUCAACGAAUUAUCGAUAUGAAUAACUUGAAUAAUUAUUAUUAA